CGCGCUCAGCUUCAGUCUGUUUACAAUUCACGAUAAUGAAGUACAUUGUGUUAUUAAUUGCUGUGCUCUUACCGCUUGCGGAGCAACAGUCAUGGUCACUACAGUCCUUGGUAGAGAACAAGCUGAUGACCUUCAUCCAAGAACAGAAAGAUCAGGUCGAAAAACUUGUGAAUGGAUACGACGACGCUCGGACUUACCUUGAAGACCAGCACAAGAAAAUCACCGAUGACAUUUACAAGUACAUAGAUAAUGUUAAAGACAGCGGACGGCAGAUCACAGAGCCGUGGUCUAUCGAUGAAGAUGAGGCCAAACUUGAGAAUCCUGAUGAGUUCCUGACUGCUCCUGGGAUCAUAUCGCGUCAUGGAUACGUAUGCGAAACUCAUACUGUUGUGUCUAAGGGAUACGUAAUAAACUUUCACAGGAUACCUAGAUCGAAAAGAGGUGGAGUUGUGCCUACGAAAACUGUGUUGCUACAACAUGGCUUGUUCGCGAGCUCUGUUGAUUGGAUCCUCAACGGUCCAGGCAAAGGACUGGCAUAUGUGCUAGCUGACGCGGGAUAUGAUGUCUGGAUGUCAAACGUCAGGGGCAACAGGUACUCCAGGGAACAUACCAGUUUGAACAGUAACUCGAAAGCCUACUGGAACUUCUCCUGGCACGAUGUAGCUAAGCAUGACAUCCCCGCUGUUAUAGACUACAUCCUGGACUUUAAAGGUACAAAUACUAAGAUCACAUACAUAGGGCAUUCCAUGGGUACCACAAUACUAUUUGCGAUGUUGACGCUUCGCCCGGAGUACAAUGAUAAAUUGACUGCUGGAUUCGCGCUAGCCCCCGUGGUGUACCUAUCGGACAUCCAGUCUCCAAUCAAAACCCUAGCUCCGGUCGCCAGUAGCGCAGCAUCGAUGGAUAUGCUCUCAAAUACUCACGAGUUUGUUCCAAAGAAUUCUGCUCUGGGUAAAAUAACAAGCACGUGCAGCUUAGACGCCGCGGACCUUAGUGUGUGCAAGAACAUAGCCUUCUACAUAUGUGGGUACAACGAGAAGCAGUUUAAUAGUUCUCUGCUACCAGUUUUCCUAUCCCAUUUAGGUUCAGGAACUUCUUGGAAGACGGUAGUUCAUUUCGCUCAAGAGAUAAAUGCGGGAGGCAAAUUCCAGCAAUUUGACUACGGCAGCAAGAAUUUCGAGAUAUACGGCUCUGUAUAUCCCCCGGAGUACGAUUUAAGCAAAAUAACCUUACCUAUUUCUCUGUUUUGGUCGAAAAAUGAUUUGCUGUCAUCAGAACAUGAUGUCAAGAAGCUGUAUCAUGCCUUGGAGUCCAAGAAAGAAAUGUAUUUAAUUCCCGAUCCAGAAUUCAACCAUUUGGAUUACUUGUGGGCUAUUAAUGCUCCAAGAUUACUCAAUAAUAAGGUUUUGGAGUACCUUGAAAGAGCAUUCAAUGCUGAAGAGCGGCAUAAGUCCUUCAAUCCAUACGAGGUCCAUUCUGGUUACAAUUUCAAUCAUAUUAGAUUCGUAUCGUUAAGAAUGUAAUUCAUACAUUUUAAUUACAAUACAGUAUUUAUAUGAAGACGAGCAGUAUACUAAGAGGGAUUGAAGAUAAAAAAUGAUUCAUCGCUUUUCUAAAUCUAACACUCAUGUUAAUAUUAGCAAAUACCUAACAUUAAUUAAUCAUGCAUAAUUAAUGGUAUACGUCACUCCAUGCAACGCGCAGAAUGUCAAGAGACCCGGACUUGGCCUGAGCUUCAGUUAUAAAGUAAAUCAUAAGAGAAGCAAAGGAAUUAAGAUUAAACAGAUAUACAAUACAAUGCUACUAAAUACUUUCAUUCUAGGGCAGAAAGGUAAAAAGACUGGUUCUUAUUAAAAUUGUAUUUGUAGAAAUUAAAAACAUAAGAUGCCAAUUUUUGUGACACCAAUGUCCUAUAAUAGAACACCUAGAAUUUAAAGUACUUAUCUACUUUAAUGACGUUCUGUUUAUACUGACCCAUAAUAUCUCUGAGUCAAGGAAAUAGAUAUAUAACGAUAUCGUUCGGGGCCGUUGUGUCAAUCAUUUCUAUAAUUAUAUCAUCGAGAGAGGAACACAAAAGACUGACUUAUUGUUAAUAUUAUUUUUUUAAUAAAUAAUUUAAUAAUAAA